AUUCUGUCUUUGUUUGUCAGGCUGCAGACAGACAGCAGUGAGACUCUCGAGUGGUGGCCUGUAUGACGGCUAUUCUCAGUCAGAUGGACGACAGACACUAUUCACGCUACAUAGAGACCUUCAGCGGGACCACAGACCUAGUGGACUUCCUGAUGGAGACGUUUCUGUUGUUUAAGGAUCUGAUUGGUAAACAUGUCUACCCAUCUGACUGGGUCACUAUGAUCAUGGUGCAAAACCGGGUGUUUCUCCGAGCAAUCAACACAUACGCCGACACCAUGAACCACAAGUUCCUCGACAACAACAGCUUUGAAGUGCAGUUAUGGAAUAAUUACUUCCAUUUGGCUGUGGCGUUUAUUACCCAGGAGUCUUUGCAGUUGCAGCAUUUCUCUCCCACCAAAAGGAGCAAGAUUCUGGCCAAAUAUGGAGACAUGAGACGGCUGAUUGGUUUUGCUAUCAGAGACAUGUGGUACAAGCUUGGUAGAAAUAAGAUCUGUUUCAUUCCCGGGAUGGUGGGUCCCAUCCUGGAGAUGACGCUCAUCCCGGAGGAAGAGCUGCGGAGAGCGACCAUCCCCAUAUUCUUUGACAUGAUGCAGUGUGAACACAACCACUCCGGAAACUUCAAAAAGUUUGAGAACGAGAUCAUCCUGAAGUUGGAUCAUGAAGUGGAAGGGGGUGGAGGAGACGAGAGAUACAUGGAGCUGCUACAGAGCAUUCUUUUAGAGUGCGCUCAGGGACGCCCCCCACUGCUGACCGAGGUACAGCACUUCGUUACCCUUGUGACCGGCCUCCUGGAGCGACUCCUUGACUACCGCACAGUGAUGAGCGAUGACAGUCGAAACAACCGCAUGAGCUGCACUGUCAAUCUUCUGAAUUUCUACAAGGACAUCAACCGUGAGGGGAUGUACAUCAGGUACCUCUAUAAAUUGCGGGAUCUUCAUUUGGAUGGAGAAAACUACACAGAGGCGGCGUAUACACUCCUGCUGCACUCCAAACUGCUCAAGUGGUCAGAGGAGCAGUGCAUCCUUCAGCUGGACUAUCAGACGCCUCAUUCCCAGCGGCAGCUCAAAGAAUCGCUCUACGACACCAUCAUCAGCUACUUUGAUAUGGGCAAGAUGUGGGAGGAGGCCAUCACUCUGUGUAAGGAGUUAGCAGAUCAGUUCGAGAUGGAGGUCUUCGAUUACGAGCUGCUCGGACAGAAACUGAAUCAGCAGGCCAAGUUUUAUGAGAACAUUAUGAAGAUCCUGCGGCCCAAGCCAGACUACUUUGCUGUGGGAUAUUAUGGCUGCGGCUUCCCUCAGUUCCUCAGGAAUAAGGUUUUCAUUCACCGUGGGAAGGAGUACGAGCGCAGGGAAGAUUUCCAGAGUCAGUUGAUGAGUCAGUUUCCCAGCGCUGUGAGACUCAACAUCACCACAAUGCCUGGAGACGACAUUAAAAACUCCAACAUGCAGUAUAUCCAGUGUUUUACAGUGCAGCCGGUUCUGGAGAUCCCGCCGCGUCUGAAGAACAAACCAGUGCCUGAUCAGAUCAUCAAUUUCUACAAGUCCAACUAUGUCCAGCGGUUCCAGUACUCCAGACCUGUGAGGAGAGGGAAAGUGGAUCCUGAUAAUGAGUUUGCUUCCAUGUGGAUCGAGCGAACCACAUUCAUAACUGCUUACAAACUUCCAGGAAUCCUUCGCUGGUUUGAGGCCACUAGCAUGACCCAUGUGAGUCUCUGUUCCUGUCACAUAUCUCUGGACAGUGGCGUUCCUCCCUCUCCGUCCAUCAUCCCUCGUUCCAGUGGAAGUGUCAGUGUGAUGGAUGAGAGUGGUGUUGAAGUGGAGGUGAAACUGAGGAAAUCCAAGAAGAAGAAGAAGCCCGGUCGUGGCAGCAUGAUCUUCAUCAGCGAGGAGAAAGAGCGGAGCAGCACCCUCAACAAACGGCUCUCCAAGAAGCAGGAGUUUCGCAGUGACACGAAUCUGUCAGAGCCGAGUGUGAGCAGCGGCCUCGUCAACUCCCGAUCUCUGCCCACUAUUGCAGGUCUGUCUCUGUCAGUAGCCAAUGGGAGUGAGGAGGUGGAGUCAGCGCGGUCCAAGCGUGACAGUAAAAGCGUUUCUGUGUGUCUGCCAUCUGACCGCACCGGUGACCGUCGCUCCAAAGGAGUCAUAAACCUGCUCUUUAAAACCAAGAUGAACUCCAAACCUGAUGAAGCAAAAACAUCUUCCGAACCGUCUGAACCAUCCACUCAUUUUUAAUUCUGUCUCUUUAGUUUUUUUAUUAGCAUUUUGGCUGUUCAUUUUUCUACCACUCUUAACUUGAAUCUGUUACAAACAGAAGUGAUAAAGCUCUUAAA